CCCUGGACUCUCCGUCCUUUCGGUCCCGGCGGCCGCAGCAACGCUGAGCCAGCGGCGCCUACCCUCCGGCUUUACGCGCCUCCACUCCGUUCUGCGCUCUCUGCGCCGCCCGCUGCGCCACCAUGACGGAACAGGCCAUCUCCUUCGCUAAGGACUUCCUGGCCGGAGGCAUCGCCGCCGCCAUCUCCAAGACGGCCGUGGCCCCGAUCGAGCGGGUCAAGCUGCUGCUGCAGGUGCAACAUGCCAGCAAGCAGAUCGCGGCCGACAAGCAGUACAAGGGCAUCGUGGACUGCAUCGUGCGCAUCCCCAAGGAGCAGGGCAUGCUGUCCUUCUGGCGGGGCAACCUGGCCAACGUCAUCCGCUACUUCCCCACCCAAGCCCUCAACUUCGCCUUCAAGGAUAAGUACAAGCAGAUCUUCCUGGGAGGCGUGGACAAGCAUACGCAGUUUUGGCGGUAUUUCGCCGGCAAUCUGGCUUCGGGUGGUGCCGCCGGAGCCACGUCUCUCUGCUUCGUGUACCCCCUGGAUUUCGCCAGAACCCGUCUGGCAGCUGACGUGGGGAAAACGGGCACUGAGCGAGAGUUCAAAGGCCUUGGUGACUGCCUGGUGAAGAUCAGCAAGUCGGAUGGCAUCCGGGGCCUGUAUCAGGGCUUCAACGUCUCGGUCCAGGGCAUUAUCAUCUACCGGGCCGCCUACUUCGGCAUCUACGACACUGCCAAAGGCAUGCUGCCCGACCCCAAGAACACGCACAUCGUGGUGAGCUGGAUGAUCGCCCAGAGUGUGACGGCCGUGGCAGGGGUGGUCUCCUACCCCUUCGACACCGUGCGGAGGCGGAUGAUGAUGCAGUCGGGGCGCAAAGGAGCCGACAUCAUGUACAAGGGCACGGUGGACUGCUGGCGGAAGAUCCUGAAGGACGAGGGCGGCAAGGCCUUCUUCAAGGGCGCCUGGUCCAAUGUGCUGAGGGGCAUGGGCGGCGCCUUUGUGCUCGUCCUGUAUGACGAGCUGAAGAAGGUCCUCUAGUGCGUCCCUCGCAGGCACCUGGGGACAAGGAGCCGCACGCAGCCCUUCCCUGUUAACGGACCGUUGACCUGCAGACCAUCCACCGUCCCCGCCCCACCCCGCCGGGGCACUCGGAGCGCCCAGGCAGGGCUGGGGACGCUCCCUGAUUCCAUGCAUUGGCGGGGAGGGGGAGGGGACCCCGGCGUUCCGGGCGUGUGGGCGGGGCCCCGCACCACGCAGGCGGAGAGCUGGGGCCCCCGCGUGCUCCUGGGACCAGGGCUGGGCUUCGUUUUAUUUAAAGGAAAUCAUGUCGCCCAUCUGUACCUAAGCACUCUUCGUUUUUUGCACAGCCGAGCAUCUGCGAUGACGUCCAAUGUUGGGCAUUGCUGCAAAGAAUUAAAACCAGACACAGAACUA